AUGAACCACAUCACCGACAAUAUCCCCCCCGACCUCCUUCCCAACCUCUCCAUCCCCAACCUUGACAAACCCAUCAAGAUCCUCAUGAUCCACGUCAUGCCACGGCUCCUCCAGCGCCCGCGUCUUCUACAAAUACCGCGGCCUUCAGCCCACCAUCCGCCAGGAAACGAUCUGUCAACUCCAUCGCGACAUCGAAUACUUCAUUCCCAAUGCGCCGCUCCUGCCCACGGGGUUCGACCCGGGCAUGUGGACCUGGAUCUGGGUGAUUAUCGCAAAGACAAAGUGUCGGGGUUUGAUCAGUCGAUAUCAUACCUGAUCAAGUUCAUGGAAGAGAACGGUCCAUUUGAUGGGAUCGUGGGGAGCUCUGCGGGCGCAACUGUCGCAUUGGUGGUUGCGAGUUUGUUGGAGAGACAGGAUAGAUGUGAGGUUUUGGAUGUGAAAAUCAUCCCCUCGUUCGCUUCAUCCUCGCCUACAGCGGAUUCAAAAUGGAUCAUCCAUGCUACAAAGGCAGAUGCCUUUAGCGAUGACGCGGGAUCUGGCUCUAGCUGUCGCAAUCAUGAGAUUGUGUAUUUCCCGAGAGGUCAUUAUAUCCCUCGUCUGAUGAGGACAACUCUGGCGGCGGCGGAGUUUAUGAUUCGUGCUUUGGGGAUGCAGGAUGCGGAUGAAUGGGAGGAUGUGUAA